GUUAAAAUUCUUUUCUCAACUGUAUCACAAAGAAUACGACAAAACACGAAAAAAAAGUAUGGAAAGAAUAAAAAGGCAAACAAAAAAAAAACUUGCAUGGUUAUUGGGAAAAGAUAGGUGAAGUGGGCCGUACGUGGGCCUUAUAAUUUUACUAAAAUAAACCUCAAAAAAUAUAUUAUCUGUCUCUCCUCCUUAUCUUUAAAAGUAAAAACAAAAAUAAACCUCUUUCUCUCUCCACUGACAUUGGUGAAGGCAGAGAGAAAAAAAAAAGACUGUUCAUCCAUCAUUCAUCAUCGUCGUCUCUCCCAAGAAGAACAAUGAAAAUGAAGAAGAAAGGUAAAGUUUACCCCUCUCCACCUCCUCCUACUCAACAACCAUCAUCAUCCUCUUCGUCAUCUCACUACCUCAACGAAGACCACUCUCUCUCUAUCCUCAAGCUUCUCCCAGCGACGAUUCUGGUUCUAGUUUCCGUCCUCUCAGCUGAAGACAGAGAAGUUCUCGCUUACUUAAUCACAAGAGGAACCACCACCAUCUCCACUGACUCCAACAACAAGAAGACAAAGACGGCUACGAAGAAGAAGAACAAAUCUAGCAGAAACCAUAAGCCACCUGUCUUCGAUUGCGAGUGUUUCGAUUGUUACACUAACUACUGGCUCAGAUGGGACUCCUCUCCGAACCGUGAGCUUAUCCACGACAUCAUCGAGGCCUUUGAGAAUCACCAUCUCACCGAAGAUUCCACUUCUCGAAACAAAUCUAAAAGAGGUAAGAAGAAAGAGAAAGAGAAAGUUGUCCCGCCGGUGAUUGAAAAUAUUGUUUCGGAGAGACACGUGUCGUCUCCUGAGAACUCGCCGGGGAGGGUGAGUGAAGCUGAGGUGGAGGAGCAAGAGACGCGAGAUGAUGACGUGGAGGAGGAGGUUAUUGAAGAAGCGAAGGUGGUGUUUCAGGCGAGUGGACACAAGGGAUUAGCGAGGAAGGUGUUACCGGACGUGUUGGGUUUGUUCAGUUCCAGUUUUUGGAGGCUUUGGAAUCCGAACGCGUAAUAAAGCAUCGAUCUUUAAAAAGUUUUAUGCUUUUUUUUUUUUCUUUCGAUGUUUACUGUUUUCUGAUAAAAAGGAAAUAAUCAAAUCUUUCAUGCUUUUGUUCUUUCUUCUUUAGAAAGAUGGUAUCAGUUUCACUACUUGGUUAUGUGUAAUUUGGUUUGAAAAUGGAGUAUUUUUGUUCAUGAAGUUGUCAGGAAUAUUUC